CUCUCCAUCGUCGCCUCCGCGUUAUUCUUCGGUCAGUCGUCUCUUUCGUCGCCGGUCGGGGUUUGAUCAUCGCUUCCGCUUUCCAGGUACCAGAUCCUUGCUUCUCUCCUUUGUGUCAUCCUGUGGUGAAUUUGUUCGUCUGUUUGGUUGCUGUGGGAACAGAGUAGGAAAAAGGGGAGAGUGAUCCAUUCUUCCGGAGAACCGGGUUUGUGAUUUUCUCGGUGAGCAAACGGUUGAUCGAUUGUGAGGAUCUCCGAUCUUCUGGAGAUGAUAAUUUCUGGUGUUCGAUUGUGACCUUUUUUUAGUUCGAAGUUAUUCCUUUUGGAUGAUAGCGAUUUUCAGCUGGCAUCGUAGUCUGGCGAACGAAAUUUCUUUGAAUUUUGAGCUGGGAUUUGUACCAGGGGAUUCAAAGUAGGUGGGUUAGAAGUUAGUGGGAAAGGGUUGAGAUUUUUUUGCCUUUUGACCUGAUCCGAGAGAUGGAAAUGGUCGUCGGGAAAUGGAUGAACUGGGUAUGAAAAUUGAGAGAUCUCCAGUGAUUUGUUUGUCUUCUGAAUCUGAUCAUUGGGUUUGGAAGUUCUGUUCCAGUUAAAGAUUCAAACUUUGAACUUUUUGGUUUUCAGGACAGAGAAGCUUGAGGAGAAAGAAACAAAAAUGGCGGCAGUGGUAUCAGGAGGAAGGUCGACACUAAACCCAGAUGCCCCUAUGUUCAUCCCAGCUGCUUACAGGCAAGUGGAGGACUUUUCCCCGGAAUGGUGGCAGCUGGUGAAUACCACAACAUGGUUCAAGGACUACUGGCUCAGCCAGCAUCAGGAACAGGAAGGCUACUACAACAAUGUUGCUGAGGAGGAUAGUGAUUUGGCCGGCUUAUUGCCCGAUACGUUUGAUCUCGAUGUUGUGGGGGAUGAUUUUGCUUCCUUCGAAGCCCAGUUCGACGAGUUCGUGGAGUCUUAUGAGGCCGAGAAGAUGUCGCCUCGAGCUCUACCCUCCUAUGGAAAUGGGUAUGGAAUUGGAGGUGGAGCCGGAGGGAUGGAAGCAGGGUUCAGGGCAGGCAUCACUGCCACAGUGGGGAGCCCGAAAUUCGGCUAUUAGAAGGUGACGAUGAAGUGAAGUCUUUGUUUGUCUCCCCAAAACCACCAGUUUAAGCAGCAAUGUCAGUCAGUAGAAGAACGAGGAAGAUUUAGUUUGGUGUAGCUUUUUAAAAUUUGGUGUAUCGUGUAUAGAGUAAAGAGGCAUUGCAGCAGCAAGUCUCUUUGUUGUAUCAGUACUCUUCUGUCCCUUUCUGUUGUUGUCUUUGUGUUCCUUUGAUCAAAAGGAAACCCAAACAAACCCAAAAAAAAAAGUGUAAAAUAGGAAGGAAAAAAUGUAAAUUCCUUUAGCAAUGAGAAACUGAAAGUUUAUUACUUCAUUUCCCACCCUUAACAGGAAAGCAGCUCAGAAUUUCUUCUUCUGGAAUCCCCCUUUUCUCUGCUUGAUCAGUGCCAUGAUUGCAAAGUAGAGUGUCGCAUUGCAGAGGGUCGCACAGUGAUGGAACCAUGAUAUGGCUACUUGGAGAGGUUCGAUGAAGUCCAUGCUGACGCUCUCCCUAACUCGAUCUUUUUCACUCCCCAGUGCGGAUUCAACUCACCCACCUCCUUUCCCUUCUGAAGACGGCAUUUAUGGUGCAUAUCAUUCAUUGUUGUUCCACUCAAUCAAUCAAUUGAUGGGUUCCCGACUUCUGCUUUACAUUAGUUACUUUGGCACUCUCUCGCAUGUCUUUUUCUGCCGGCACAUGGGGCAGGCAACAGCAGCUCACAGUUUUUUUUUUUUUUUGUCAGCUGUGGGAAAGAAGGAAUAAAACUGAACCUGGCCAGAGACAAAAGAGAGUUGAUCGGCGGGGCCCAUUGGCUGCCGGUCGGAGUGUCCUAUGGGGCAUUAAAAUACAAGAAACCAAAACGGGACGGCGCCCAACUCAUCGAUGACUUUCGCACACAGAAACGGAGAGGAAAGUGCUGGCCAGUGGCCAUGUUGCACGACUUGGAAUGAUGGUAGCUCCUUCUCCUUUUCUUUUCGAAAUGGGAGAUUUGAAUAGUAUUAGAUUGAUUCUAUUUGGUAGUUGUUUCCCAGAAAAAAAAACCAUUAGUAUAUAAGAUACAUUUUGAUAGCUUCCAAUAAUUGGUAUAUGUAGUAGGAUAGGAUGAUCCGGAUGUUAACAUGAUGUAUUGUAUAUUAUACAACGAAGAAAUUAGAUGUUCGAGUUAUGACUUAUGACGUCGAUUUGAAUGAAUGACCACGUGUAUUGAAAUAACAAUCUGUGUUAUGUGCAUACGUAGUAACACGCAUGUUCAAAUAUACACAAGAAUAACUACAAAAUCUGCACGAAAUACUCUCCAAAGCAAAUCGAGGAAUGGGGAUAACCAUGUUCUAAUACAUUUUGGAAGUUCAU